CACUCCUAUGCUGGCACGCGCCACGUGGAUACAACACUCACUCUCAAUCUUUCGCAGUGAGAGACUAAGUUCAGAAAACGCCGGUGAAAGUAGCGUCGUUGAUUUGGGGGAAGUGACGUGGAGAUCACGCGCACCUUGUCAUCUUCUUCUAUUUUUCAUGGCUUAGAGGGUUACUUAGCAACUGAAACACGCAUUACGAUGACGCUGGUCGCGCUCUUCCUCACCGCCACCAAGCUCGCCGGAGCUCUCUUUACUCUCACCGUUGCCGCCAACGCCUUCUCCUACUCCCGCUUCCGCAAGAACAACCUUCGCCGAUUCCGCUCCCCUAUCGACGAAACUUCCGACACUCUCGCCGACUUCAACGUCUCCGAAGAAGAGUUUUUCUUUGGUCUGGGUACAGCACCGGCUCAUGUCGAGGACAGGCUUGAUGAUGCUUGGAUCCAGUUCGCUGAGGAAAAGACCGGUGACUCCGAGGGGAGGCAGACAGUGGAUGCUGUGAUGGGUUCUGCUUCUGGCGACGGUGGUUCCCAGCGGGCCGUGACGUCUCCGCGGGGCAGGAAGCCUCUUAAGUUGGCUAUGGAGGCCAUGAUUAGGGGAUUUGAGAAGUACUUGGAAGUGGAAGGAAAAGAAGGGGAAGAAGAACCUCGUCCUAAUGUAACUGCUUGGCAUAAUGUUCCACGCCCGGAGGAGAGGUUAAGAUUUUGGUCUGAUCCUGAAACAGAAAUAAAUUUGGCCAAGGAUACUGGUGUUACCGUUUUUCGCAUGGGAAUAGAUUGGACAAGAAUCAUGCCAAUGGAGCCAGUAAACAGCCUUAAUGAAUCUGUUAACUAUGCUGCAUUGGAACGGUAUAAGUGGAUUAUCAAUAGGGUUCGAUCAUAUGGAAUGAAGGUGAUGCUUACACUUUUCCAUCACUCACUUCCACCCUGGGCUGGUGAAUAUGGCGGUUGGAAGCUGGAAAAGACAGUGGAUUAUUUCAUGGACUUUACCAGGCUUGUUGUAGACAGUGUCUCAGAUUUGGUAGACUAUUGGGUAACAUUUAAUGAGCCCCAUGUCUUCUGUAUGCUUACUUACUGUGCUGGUGCUUGGCCUGGAGGUCAUCCUGAUAUGCUUGAGGUCGCAACUUCAGCACUUCCAACUGGUGUUUUUCAGCAGGCCAUGCAUUGGAUGUCUGUUGCACACUCAAAGGCAUAUGAUUACAUCCACGGACAAAGUAACCCAUUAAAUUCAAUAGUUGGUGUAGCACAUCAUGUGUCAUUUAUGCGACCCUAUGGUUUGUAUGACAUUGCUGCUGUUUCACUGGCUAAUUCAUUGACUCUCUUCCCAUACAUUGAUGGAAUAUCUGAAAAGCUGGACUAUAUAGGCAUAAACUACUAUGGGCAGGAAGUGGUUUCGGGGGCAGGCCUGAAGCUGGUGGAAAAUGAUGAGUAUAGUGAAUCUGGUCGUGGGGUAUACCCUGAUGGCUUAUACCGCAUGUUGCUUCAAUUCCAUGAAAGAUACAGACAUCUAAAAAUUCCCUUCAUCAUUACUGAAAAUGGGGUUUCGGAUGAGACAGAUUUGAUCCGCCGGCCAUAUCUCUUGGAGCAUUUGCUAGCUGUUUAUGCUGCCAUAAAAAUGGGUGUACGUGUACUUGGUUACCUGUUCUGGACUAUUUCUGAUAACUGGGAAUGGGCCGAUGGAUAUGGUCCCAAGUUCGGACUUGUUGCAGUUGACCGGGCAAAUAAUCUUGCACGGAUCCCUCGCCCCUCUUACCAUCUAUUUUCUAAAAUUGUGAACACGGGCAAAGUUACACGUGAAGAUCGUGAACGAGCAUGGGAUGAACUCCAAAGAGCUGCCAAAGAGAAGAAAACGAGACCAUUUUAUCGGGCUGUGAAUAAACACCGUUUAAUGUAUGCAGGUGGACUUGAUGAGCCAGUACAGCGACCUUAUAUAGAUCGAGAUUGGCGGUUUGGUCAUUACCAGAUGGAAGGACUCCAGGAUCACUUGAGCCGCUUCUCACGAUUCAUUAUUCGACCCUUCUCCCCCAAAAAGAAAACAAAAUCUCAAGAGAAGAAUCCCAAAUUAAUUCUUCAGCCUCUUGAAACUUAACACUUCACAACUUACCUAUUUCUCUUGUUCUGAAAUCUAUAUUUUGUGCACCAAGCACUUUUAAUUUCAAUAUUCAAGUGAGUUGCUUUA